GGGGGAGGGAGAGGGAGCCUCAGUCAGUCUGUGCAGAGGAGCUCAUUUGAAGGGAACAGCCGCAGCCUGCGCAGAUACAGAAAUGCUUAUGCACUGACAUCAGCUCAGAUAAAGCACAGCCGCUCUUGAUUUGAGGACACGCCGCUUCUGUCUGCAAGGUGAUACCCGGGGACGCAGACCUCAUCCAUCCACGGGCUGCUUUUACGCGCAGAAAGCGACUCUUCCGACCGUUACUUUGGGUUUUACUCGGGGACCGUAUGAAGAAGUGGAGCUUUUAGUUUGAGCGCCUCCGGCUUGUAAUUCACACACGGAGUCAAGGAACCUCUGUUUAUUAUCGCUCUGAAGAAUUACAAGAGGAGGGGGAGGCUGUUUCUGCUGUUGUUGGACUGUGCUCCUUUCAAACAAGGAUGGUACUGGACAAGGAGGAGAGUGUGUCUCUUGUGUCCCUCCAGUCCAGAGAAAAGACAAGGGGCUGUGCAGGCUGCAACGGGAAGAUCAGAGACCGCUUCAUGCUGCAGGCGCUGGACAGGUACUGGCACGAAGAUUGUCUAAAGUGCGCCUGCUGUGACUGCCACCUGGGCCGGAUGGGCUCCACCCUCUACACUCGGGCAAACCUCAUCCUCUGCCGCCGGGACUACCUGAGGCUCUUUGGGGUGACAGGGAACUGUGCAGCCUGCAGUAAGAUGAUCCCUGCUUUUGAAAUGGUGAUGAGAGCCAGAGACAACGUCUACCACUUAGACUGCUUCGCCUGUCAGCUCUGCCGCCAGAGAUUUUGCGUGGGAGACAAGUUUUUCCUCAAGAACAACAUGAUCCUGUGCCAGCUGGACUAUGAAGGAGGCCAUCUUAAUGGCAGCACUGAGAGGCAGCCUCACUGAGAGAUCAGCGCAGAACGACUGCGCCAGCUGGACUGUACAAUCUCACAGCAGCUUCCUGUUUCAGACUUCCCCAAGUGUGCAAAUGACAUUGAUGGGACACUUUGCCAGCAGUCCAUGUUUGAACUCUCUAUGAAAGAGCUGCAUGGUAACUAUACUGAAAACUGCUGUUUCUGAUGGACCAGAGAUCAACUGAGAUGGAAUAAUAAAACAAUGAGGAGGAUUUUCCAGAGCACUUAACGUGGACUGUGGUGGUUCUGCCCCCAUUUCUUACAUUCAACAAAAAUAUAGAGUGAACUUGUGUUUGCAGAUCAUUUGUAGAGUUAGUUUCAGCAAACUUGAAACACUAGACAGAUGUUUUAAGCCAGUCAGGCCACACAUAGCAUCAAACAAGUCAUCCAUCAGAGUAAAAAAAUCCAAGUUCCCAGUCAAAUCAUUCUGGCAGUCACUGAGAUGUCUUGUGUUUUGUGGUGAACUCCACCCAUCUGGCACGAUGGAAGCCCCAAAUCAAACUGAAAUACUGUAUAUUUACAUAUAGUGUUUGGUUCAGCUGAGGAGAAUCAACUGAAAGUUGGAGUGGGACUUCUAACCCAGUGCAGCCUUAUUUCCACUUUCAUCUCAAGCUGGUUUUUCUUUUUCUUGACUAAUUAAAAUGAACUUUCAUUUCAA